AUGGAGGUAACAAUACCCACCAACAAUAUGAAAUUGGAAAUUAAAGUACAUGCUAGUGAUGUUGAAAAAGAGCUUGGAGGCGAAGAGUUAGACCCCUUUGAAAAAGCUGGUACAUAUUUUAACGAACCAGAACAUCUUUCGGAAGAAAAUCCCACUAAACGUAUCAUAAACAUCAUCGUACAACCCCAUCGAUCACCUCCAAAAACCCUCAGAGACAUUAUUGAUAAUAUUACAAAAGAUUUGAUAGAGCGUGAUCCUAAACCGUAUAACGAAUUAGACAUGCCAUUACAACAGCGCAAAUCAAAUUACUGGUGCCUCGUCAGUGGAGGAGCCCACGGGAUAGGCAAAACUCGGUUUGGCUGGGAACUUUUUAAUUGCGUCAAAGAAAAUUUGCCACAGUAUUUCCAAGACCUUUAUCGCGAUUUGUCUGAUGAGAUCACAAAAAUGAGAGUUUUUCAAAGAUGGACUAAUAUACAUUUCGAAUAUAUCUAUAUAGAUUUCGGAAAUGGCUACAGCCUUGACGACUAUGGUUACAAACUAGAUGCAGGAACAAUUGAUUCCUGGGAUAAGCAAGAUGUAACAAAUCCGCCAAAAAAUGUCUUCUAUAAGACGAUCCACUAUCUUUCGAAUUACAUGAUUGGCCCUUCCUUAACUAUUUUUGUCCAGCCGUUCCUUUCAGGAACAGCGCCACAUGCUGUCGAGGUUAAAGCUAAAGUUCAAAAUCGCGCGUAUGAGUGGAAGAGCUGUUAUCCAAUAUUUCAACUUCUAAUGGACACUGGAGGAUUGCCUCGUGCACUUCAGCGACUCUUUAUCAUCAUCUUUGGGGAAUAUGGUAAAGAUGGACGUAUAAUUAUGAAAUUGUCGUUAAACAUGUAUUAUUGUAUUGAAGGGAUUCAUGUUACCCUUGAUACUUGUCUAGUUGAUAAAAAGCCGGAUCUCAUGAUCAGAAGUCUGGAACGUGACAGACAUAUUGUUCUCACCCGCGCCGAAAACCGCAAUUUGUACUUGAUCAAAAUGCCAUUCUUUUUUAUCAGCAUCUAUAACGAUAUCUUGCGAAUUGUUGAUUCGGAUCUUACGAAGAAGGUCUUUCAAGAUGAUUCUUCCAUGUAUUGGCAAGAAUGGGAAGUGUUUGUAGCACAUCAUGAAGCAUUUCGUACGAAUCUAGCAAUUAGAAUGGGAUAUGAAAAGCUUUCUUUCCGGGAACUAUAUCCUGGUGCCUGUGGGAUGGAUUCUGACUUGAAUUUUGUUGUGAAAUUGAAAUCGCUCCGUGUUUGUGAGGCGAACAAGCAAUUUCCAGCAAAUAUGAAGUUGACAACCAAACGUAAUGAACAAAUUGACUGGAAAAGUGGGGACGUCGUAGUUCUUAAUGGUAAAUCUGCUGAAUUAGCAGAUAUAUUCUUUGUUAGAGAAACCGAUGAUACCAGUUUCUUCACAAUGGACCAAAGCAAAUGGGACUACGCUUCAAAACGAUGA